CUAGCACAAAAACUCAAUUGCAUUUCUUUAUCGGCGAAGGAAUCUCAUCUCAUUGACAUUGAGCACAAAGAUAUUAAGCUAAGUGCAGAUGAGUGUCAACGGAGCCUAUUUGGGAAGAUAGUUGGGGAUAGGAAAGCAAGUUGGAUAGGAGUUCAAAGAACCAUGAGCCACAUCUGGAAACUCAAACAGCCUAUGGAGGUAAAGGAUCUCGGUUACAACUUCUUUCAAUUCACUUUUCAGAACAAGGAUGAUCUAAAGAAAGUUAUCAGUGGCACCAAUUGGGUUUUUGAAAAUCAAUACUUAAUCAUCCUUGAAUGGCAAGAAGGCAUUUCUAGUAAACAUGAAGGUUUCAAUGAGUUGCAGCUAUGGGUUCAAGCUCUAAAUAUCCCUUUAAACUGGUUAAGCACUGAUGUUGGUCUCAAAGUGGGUAGUGUAUUUAAAGAAGUAAAGAAUGUUGUUCUUGUCAGCUCCAGUAACCAUGGAGGGAGAAUUCUUAGGCUGCUGGUAAAGGUUAACUUAAAGGAAGCAUUACCAAGAUGUGCCUCAAUCAGGCUGGGUUCCCAGAUUGUUAAAGUCAGCUUCCAGUAUGAAAAACUUGUCAACCUGUGUCACUAUUGCGGCUUCAUUGGACAUCUUGACAGGGACUGCUCCAACAGGCUAGAAGAUAUCAAAAAUCGAUCAGUUAAUGAAGGACAAUACGGUGAUUGGAUGAAGGCAGCAGAGGGUACCAAUUGGGUCACAGUCAGCAGCUCAGGUCCUAAGCCCUCACAAAAUUCAGGGAAAUCAUCAGCUCCAACUUCUGAACCUCAACCUCAUGCAUCUUCUAGUCAAACUAAAGCUAACCAACAACUUACUCCUGCCUCGGUUAAGCAAAUUACUCGCAUGGACUCUGACACAGAGGCAUCCAACUCUAUUCAGGAAACUCCUCUUCAAGUGGAUCACAGGAAUGUUGUUAUGGUGGAGGCUCAAAUCACUUCAGUAGAGACUCCCUGCAGGAAUAUGGAGAUUGAAGUAAUACUAAAUCCUAUUCAGAGUCUCUCAACUCAUUUACUGCCUGAAGGGGAAAAGGGAAUCAAUACCACCAUUGCUAGAACUUGGAAGAGAUCCAGCACUACAUCAGGGAGGCUCCAAAGACAAGACCCUCUACCAGUGGAAACUCUAUACUUAACUGGGAAAACAAAAAAACCCAAAUCUUUUGUCAAUACAGUCAGUAGGAAACUUGGUUUUGAUGACAGAUCAGUUAUUGUGGAUCCUCAGGGCCAAAGUGGGUACCUUUUGCUUCUUUGGAAUCAACAAGUCACUAUUCUUCAAACACUCAGCAAGGACUUCUUUAUUGCUAUUCAGUAUCAACUCCCAAACUCAGAUGUCCAAUGGGGAGUAUUUGUUUAUUUAAGCACCUGCAGAAACCAGAGAUCAGUUCAAUGGCAAGUUUUGGAAUCCUUACAACCCUCUUGGGGAGAGAAAUGGUUUAUUGCUGGGGAUUGGAACUCCAUUUUCUCUAAUGAGGAAAAAAUUGGUGGUAAUCCCAGACAUAGUGGAAGUUUCUCUGGCUUCAACCAAUUUAUUAAUCAUAUGGAUAUGGAAGAAAUUCAAAUGGCAGGAUACCAAUUUACCUGGUGUAACAAUAGGGUGAAUGGGGAGCUGAUUGAGGAAAAAUUGGAUAGAGCUUUUGGAUCAAUGGAAUGGCUGCAAAGCUACCCUAAUGCUAAAGUUCUCAACAAGGCUAGAAGCUCAUCUGAUCAUUCCUUGCUACUACUUGACCAGGGGACUGUCAGAGUGAGAACUCCCAAGAGAUUCUCCUUUGAUAAGAGAUGGAUUGGUAAGGAUGGAUUGACUGAGACAGUUGAAAAAGCAUGGACUAUUCAGAUUGAUGGAACUCCAUUAUUCCAGCUCAAAGAAAGAGUUAAAGCUACCGGGAUAGCUCUUCUUCGAUGGAGCUCCUCUUUCCACACUCAGAACCAACUCUCCAUAGCCUCUCUGACCAACAAAUUGGAAUUGCUGAGAGAAGACACAUCAGACACUAAAUGGGAGGAAUGGGCCUCUACCAGAUCAGAUCUGAACAAAGCCCACUUCUUUGAGGAAUCCUACUGGCAACAAAAAUCUAGAGCUACCUGGAUCAAGAAUGGGGAUAACAAUACAAAGUUCUUCCAUGCUUAUGUCCAACAAAGAAGGAGACAGAAUGUUAUCUCAAGGCUUGUCUCAGCAAGAGGGGAAGAAUUUUACAAUCAGAAGGACAUGGAAGCUCACAUUGAGGACUUUUAUUCCAAGCUGUUCACAACUGAAGGAUCAAUUGGAGGUGACUCUAUUCUCCAGCUUAGCCAAUCUGUUAACUUGCAGAAAUCUGCUAUAUUUUUUAGCAAAAAUACUCCUCCUCAGAUUCAACACAGAAUUUGCUCAUCUUUUCAUGUUGUUCAAUCCCAUAGAUCAACCAGAUACCUGGGAUUACCCCUUGGUAUUGGAAGGUCUAAAAAGGAGGUUUUUGAUUAUUUGCUG